AUGGUGCACGACAACAACAAGUUAAAUGGUCUGCAGAAGCUUCAAUAUCUCUGUGCGUCGGUCAAAGGCGAGGCAGAACAAUUGAUACGCCACCUCACUCUACCAGAGAAUAAUUAUGCGGCAGCAUGGAAGUUACUGAAGGAACGAUACGAUAACAAGAGGGCCAUCGGGAAUGCCUACAUGAAGGGCAUAUGGAAUUUACCGACCAGCACUCCAGCUAGUGCGAUAUGUAUCAAGCGCAUAUUGGACACGACCGAGCAAUUCCGUGCCAAUACUGAAUCAUUGGGAGCAGAUUUAGUCAACUUAAUCAUGGUUUACAUCCUACAACAAAAAUUGGACACUGAAAGUAAUUCUGAAUGGCAGAAAUUUAUUGGUUCUUCGAACGAGAUACCAAAUUUGGAACAACUCACGACCUUCUUGCAUCAACGGUUUACAAUACUGGAAGCAAUGCAGAUUACACAACGCAAGACGGUGAAAGUAGGGGCACCCUCAGCACAAGCAACGGGAGCCGUCUGCCGAGUAUGCCAGGGCGAUCAUCGAAUUUCCCAAUGCGACACAUUUCUUAACUCAGACAUAGCCAAACGACGAGAGUUGGUAGCAUCUUUGCGGCUGUGCUACAAUUGCUUGCACGAGGCUCAUGCAGCCAGGAACUGCCCAUCACGCAAAAGGUGCAAACUGUGUGGAAAAAAGCAUAACUCAAUGUUACACCAAGCAUCGUCGAAUAGAGUUGCAUCUUGA